GCAGCUCAGCUCACUCUCGUUACGUGUAGCAAGCGCGCAAACCAGUUCACACGCUCGUAUCAUCAAAAAAGCAAAAUGGCGAAGUGUGUCACGAGCUCGAUGAGACGUAGGUGUCAUUGAUAUUGUAUGAAUGAUCAGUGGAUUAUGGGUUGACAAUGAUGUAGUGUACGAAAAAAUGUUACUGUGAUUGCACUGAUUGCCAGAGGUGUGCGUACAGCCAGAGGUUCAAAGGUGGUUUUGAUAAUAAAUAAUUGUUCUGUGAUUUUGAGAUUGAGUAUUUCAGUCAAUAUACAAAAGGUGCCGGGUUUCAACGAUAAUCAUGGCCACGGAUAAAAUCAGAGUUGCUGUGAGAGUCAGGCCGUUCAAUCGACGAGAAUUGGAGCUCGGUACACAAUGUGUCGUCGAAAUGACGGGCCAACAAACGAUCCUCCAGCACCCAACGAGCCUCGACAAGAUGGACCGAAACAAGCCCAAAACCUUCGCCUUUGAUCACUGCUUCUACUCCCUAGACCCGACCCUAGAAAAUUUUGCAAGUCAAGAAGUAGUAUUCGACGCCCUAGGCCGAGACAUUCUUGACAAUGCCUUCCAGGGUUACAAUGCCUGUAUCUUCGCAUACGGCCAAACGGGCUCAGGCAAAUCGUACACAAUGAUGGGCAGUGGUGACAACAAAGGUAUAAUCCCCCGUCUGUGUGACAAUCUCUUCGACAUGAUAGCUAAACAGCAGAGUUACGAGCUAACGUACAAAGUCGAAGUCUCCUACAUGGAGAUAUAUAACGAAAAAGUCCACGAUUUGUUGGAUCCAAAGCCUAACAAACAGUCAUUAAAAGUUAGAGAGCACAAUGUACUUGGUCCAUACGUCGAUGGACUCAGUCAACUAGCUGUUACAUCCUACCAAGACAUAGACAAUCUCAUGACUGAGGGCAAUAAAUCACGAACAGUUGCUGCGACCAACAUGAACUCAGAGAGUUCAAGAUCGCACGCUGUCUUCUCAGUUGUCGUAACCCAGACAUUGACUGACGCCCAGAGUGGUGUCAGCGGUGAAAAGGUAUCGAGAAUGAGUCUUGUUGAUCUGGCUGGUAGCGAAAGGGCUGUGAAAACGGGAGCGGUUGGUGACCGGCUCAAGGAGGGUAGUAAUAUUAACAAAUCAUUAACAACACUUGGUCUAGUCAUCUCUAAGCUUGCUGAUCAAAAUUCGGGGGGAAAGAAUCGUGAUAAAUUCGUGCCGUACAGGGAUUCCGUUCUCACUUGGCUGUUGAAGGAUAAUCUUGGGGGCAAUAGCAAAACUGUGAUGGUGGCUACUAUAUCGCCGGCUGCUGAUAACUACGAGGAAACACUGUCUACUUUGAGAUAUGCUGACAGAGCUAAGAGGAUUGUUAAUCAUGCUGUUGUCAAUGAGGAUCCCAAUGCGAGGAUCAUAAGGGAGUUGAGGCAGGAAGUUGAGGCCCUCAAGGAGAUGCUGCUUCAUGCCACUGGGCAGGGCUCUGUUGUUGGACAGAGGCGGACUGAUAUCACCGAGAAGCUCUCCGAGUCGGAGAAGCUCAUGAAGGAGAUGUCGCAGACUUGGGAGGAGAAACUCGUCAAGACGGAGAGAUUGCAGCACGAGAGACAGCAGGCACUUGAGAAAAUGGGAAUCAGUGUUCAGGCGUCUGGCAUUCAGGUCGAGAAGAACAAAUAUUAUCUGGUGAACCUUAAUGAUGAUCCCAGUCUUAAUGAACUGCUUGUCUACUAUCUGAAGGAUGUCACACUUGUUGGGGGCAGGUCUGCCACUACUGAACAGGAUAUUCAGCUUCAUGGGCUGGGGAUUCUUCCUGAACAUUGUGUCAUUACUAUUGAGGAGUCUGGGCUUUAUAUGAGCCCUCUCAAUGGGGCCAGGUGCUUUGUUAAUGGCAGCCAGGUUGUUGAGAAGACUUUACUGCAGCAUGGCGAUAGAAUCGUGUGGGGAAAUCAUCAUUUCUUUAGGGUUAAUUGUCCGAGACCAGCAACGUCAAUUAGCAGUGAACCACAGACACCGGCGCAGAACAUUGAUUAUAAUUUUGCCAGGGAGGAGCUCAUGCUUAAUGAACUCACCAAUGAUCCUAUUCAGAGGGCUAUUCAGAAGUUGGAGAGGCAGCAUGAGGAGGACAAGCAGGUUGCACUGGAGAAGCAGAGGCUCGAGUACGAGAGACAAUUUCAACAAUUACGAAAUAUCUUAUCACCAUCAACUCCUUACUCACCCUACGUACCUUAUGAUCCAUUGAGAGGAAGCCAGGGGGGUAAAUUGCCCGCUUGCACUCCAACAACACAAAUGCGCGUGGAAAAAUGGGCACAGGAGCGUGACGAAAUGUUCAAACGCAGUCUUGGUCAGCUUAAAACUGAUAUACUCAAAGCAAAUUCACUCGUGCAAGAGGCUAAUUUUCUUGCUGAGGAGAUGGAUAAGCAGACGAAAUUCAGUGUUACACUUCAAAUACCACCGAACAAUCUUAGUCCUAAUAGAAAGAGUGUAUUUUUCCAGCGUGGUGCAUUCGUGAGUGAGCCAGCAAUUCUCGUUAAACGCCUGAACAUGGGCAGCCAAGUCUGGACAAUGGAGAAACUGGAGAAUAAGCUCGUGGACAUGCGUGAGAUGUACGAGGAGUGGAAAGACCCGAACAACUCGCAGCGCCUGCCGGGAAUGAAGGACGAAAUGUCGUUGAAAAUUCAGGACCCCUUCUACGAGUCCCAGGAGAAUCACAACUUGAUAGGAGUUGCAAAUAUAUUUCUGGAGGUGCUGUUUCACGACGUUCAGCUGGACUACCACACCCCGAUAAUAAGUCAACAGGGUGAAGUAGCUGGUCGACUGCAGGUGGAGGUGAGUCGUACGAGGGGCCAAUUUCCCCCGGACAGAAUAUGCGAGGCUGCCUCUGAGAGCUCAAGCAGCUCAGACUCAACGUCAUCAGAGCACGACGAUUACACAGGCUCGAGCCACAUAAGCUGUCGUGUGACGAUAAAACAGGCGAGUGGAUUGCCCCUGUCGCUGAGUCAUUUUGUCUUCUGUCAGUACAAUUUCUGGGGCCACCCAGAGCCCAUAGUUGUUCCAUCCCUCUCCACCACAGAUCUACCCCAGAUCAGCAGCUGUUUGUCAGGCCAGAGGGACUCGCCAGCAUUUAAAUUCAGUCACACGAAUGAAUUCACUGUACCAAUGAACGAGGAGUUCCUCGAGCAUUGUGCUGAGGGGGCCCUCAGCAUCGAGGUCUGGGGCCACAGAAGCGCUGGAUUUUCAAGAUCAAAGCCAGGAUGGGAGGUGGAGCAGCAGCAGCUUGCUAAGGCCAGAUCCCUCGCUGAUCGUUGGUCUGAAUUAACCAGGAAAAUUGAACUCUGGGUGGAGAUACAGGAGUUGAAUGAACAGGGGGAGUACUCCCCAGUGGAGGUUAUCGUCAAUCCUGACACGUUGACGGGGGGAAUUUAUCAGCUGAGGCAGGGACAGCAGAGGAGGAUACAGGUGAGGGUGAAGCCAGUGCAGAAUUCAGGUACUCUUCCCAUUAUUUGUCAGUCAAUACUGAGUAUAUCAGUGGGCUCGGUUGCUGUGAGAAAUCCCCUGCAGCAGCCCUUGGACAGCUAUCAGGACGAGGAUCUCAGGGUACUCAGGGACAAGUGGAGUGAUGCGUUGAUGAGAAGACGACAGUAUUUAGAUCAGCAUAUACAGAAAUUAGUCAAUAAACAGUCCAAGAGUGAGCAGGAUGUGGAGAGGGAGCAGAGUCUUGUUGAACAGUGGGUCAGUCUCACUGAGGAGAGAAAUGCUGUUCUCGUCCCAGCUGCUGGAUCUGGUAUUCCUGGGGCACCUGCUGACUGGCAUCCACCAGCUGGUAUGGAGCCACACAUACCUGUCCUAUUUCUUGAUCUCAAUGCUGAUGAUUUAUCUACUCAUCAGUCUGGGGAGGAGGUGUCAGUCACGGGAAUUAAUUCAAUUUUGUCGAAGGAGUAUGGGAAUAAAUUUUAUCCAUUACCCAUUAUCAAGCAUCUUGAGAAGGAUGUGUGUGCUAUUGCUGCUUGGGACUCCAGUAUUCAUGAGAAUCUUCAUCUCAAUCGACUUACACCUCCUAAUGAACGAGUUUUUCUUAUUCUUAAGACAACUGUUAGGCUCUCUCAUCCAGCACCCAUGGAUCUUGUUUUGAGGAAGAGGCUGGCACUCAAUAUUUAUAAGAAACAGAGCUUCACUGAUCGAUUGUUUAAGAGAAUUGUCAGGCCCGAUUGUCUGGCACAGACUGGGGUCACUUAUGAAAUUGUUUCGAAUAUACCAAAGGCUAGUGAGGAGUUGGAGGAUCGAGAGAGUUUAGCACAAAUUGCUGCCAGUGGGGAGGACAGCAGUGAUGCUGAUGGAGAAACUUAUAUUGAGAAAUAUACGAGAGGUGUAUCAGCUGUGGAGAGUAUUCUGACACUCGACAGAUUGAGACAGAGUGUAGCUGUAAAAGAAUUACUCCAGGCACGUGGACAGCCCCUCAUGAGGAAAACAGCAAGUGUUCCAAACUUCUCGCAGAUAAUGAGAUUUGAUACAUCCCUGGAUUCUCUCAGUGUAACACGUUCAGAAAGUGUCACAGAUCUCAAUUCAGAGCUUAAUUGUCUACCACAUCAUUCACGACGAGCAUCACUGGGUCACACUAGAAACGAAGACAGUUUCUUGAACGCUCCAUCCAAAUCAUUCGGAAUUGUGACACAAGUACGACAGCGACAAGCGAGACCAACAUCCUUGAAUCUCAACCAGAUUUCACUGACACGUGUGCAGCAAUCGACUUUCAAGUCCUCUCCAAAUAUGGGUGGAAAGUUGAGCCUCCGGAUGACGACUCUUCACGAGGAAACAUCGAAUGUGGGGAAUCAAGCGUCCUCUCCCGUCCCUGACGACGAGAAGAGUGAUGCUGAGGGUACUGAAUACGACUCUUAUACGAUGCGAGGAAGACCAGUCAGGCCCCUGACAACCUCGCGCACCCUGGACUCCCUCGCCGAGCUGCAGUCCACAAAGAUAACGACGCCCAGCAUGAGCAGCAGUGGCUACGGCUCGCAGGCAGUCUCCACCACAAACCUAACAUCCGACGAUUCAAUCUCCAUAAAAUCCAUAAGCGUGGACGAGACCCCGGACGUAGAGUAUAAAAACAUAAUUGAAGCCAAAAAAACCGAGAAGAUGGACAGUUCCCUGGUGUCGGAAACCCCAGAGGAGUACUUCGGCGACAUAAGCACUGACCUGGACGACUUGAGUGGUUCAAAGGGUUCAAUAGACGAGCGAAAGUGUUCCAUCGAGCUGCGUGGCACAUGCCUGGAGGAAAAGCCCUCGAUAGCCGACGAAAUGAAGGUGAAUUCGACUGACACAACAUCACGAAAUCAGGACUCUCCAAUUUCUGUUGAUAAUAAUCCAAAAAAACAGGACAUGGAGACGAGUCAGACCUCGAAUUCUGGUGACGACAGCCCCCUCGAGGGCAAUUCAGUCGUUCAAACGAAAUUGCUACCAGGAAAAGUCGUGAGACGUCGAAAGCUCUCCAAUAAUUCUGGUAGAAGUAGCCAAAGCUCUCAGUACCACAGAGCCUCAUUUCCAAUGGUCCGUCCACACUUCUCAGACAGCAAGUCUUCAGCAAGUUCUAUGAACUACGAAAAUGGUGAUCACAGCUCGUCAGAGCGCAUUGACGACGAGGUGAAUGACAAAAGCUCGGCUUUCGGAUCCAAAUCAGACUUGACGAGAAUCGAGGCACCUCUUCCUGAGUGGGUGGUGGUGGGGGAGUCGGUGAUGGUGCGUCCUUACAGCUACUGCGGUGUCAUUGCUUAUAUAGGAGGGACUGAGUUCGCCUCGGGUACUUGGAUUGGUGUCGAGCUUGAUGCACCCACUGGGAAGAAUGAUGGCGCUGUUAAUGGACAGAGGUACUUCACUUGUCGACCUAAAUGCGGCAUUUUUGUCAAGGUUGACAAACUCAUUCAGGAUAAACGGGGAAGGGCACUCAGGAAUUUUACGAAACAGGAGGCCGCGGGAUCCAUCAUGCGGAGGAGUGUUAGCAGAGGUGAAGGUCUCCAUUCCCUCCACAGAAGCCGAAGUCGGGGAGAAGGCCUCUCAGCCACAAGUACACGUUCAUCCCCCCGAGCAAAAUAAGAGGACAAAAAAAAAAUUUUCAAAAGCUGCAUAAUACAACGCCAUAACUGGUAAAUGCCUAAAAUCGAGCAGAACACAAAAUAAUCAUAAAAGAAUGUUAUAGUGCUGAUGGUUUUGACUCCGAUAGAUACCUAGGGACUACUAAUCCAAAAAAAUUGGUGUAUUUCUUUAAAAAAAACCAUAUAUCGAUGAGCAUGUGUGUAGCACAUUCCACAUUCCAUGAGUUGUCUCCUCAUUCCCCAGAUGCGAGGGUCUGAGCCUCCCAUCAAGGUUCAUUAUCUCCAUUGGGAUUCGUGGGGAUGACCUAGACUUCCAUAAUCCAUGAGAAAAUUGCAUUUUAGUUCAUUCUAUCAAGACUUCCCUUUGUACUUUGUCCUCAUUCAUUCGAAAAUGCGGCAUUUAUUGCAGUUAUUGAAUAUUGUUUCCACUGGUGGAUCAUUCAAUUAUCAAAAUGUAACGAUACAUUAUUUGCAAAUGCGAAAGGAGACGAAAAAUCUAGGGCUAAUAAUUUUUAAAACAUUCCACGUGAGGAAUUAUUGUGAUUUCAAUAUUCUGAAGAAGAAAAAUUGGCAUUUUUUUUUGUUUUAUUAAGACUUCCCUUCACACUUUUCUCAUGAUUAAUUCAAAAAUACGGCAUUUAUUACAGCAAUUGAAUAUUAUUUCCACUGGUGGAGUAUUCAAUUAUCCAAAUGUAUCAGUACAUUAUGUUCAGUACAGAAAUGUGAUGAAAAAUCUAAUGAAUUUCAAAACAUUCCAAAAAUUAAUUUUUGUAAUUAUCAAUUGUCUCAAUACUUUGAAUUAUCAAAUUCAUGACCAUUGAAUCACGGAAUUUUAAAUGUGUAGUUAUAAAGUAUGCAAGAGCUGUUAAAGUGUCUGUUGUAAAAAAAAUAUAUAUAUAUCAAGGGUACUUUCCAGAUUUAGAUCGAGAUAUUUAAUUUCUGGAUAAAGCUAUGACUCAUUAAUACUAAUUCAUAGAAUACAGCCACUUGCCUGCAGUUAUUGAAUAAUAGAACAACUGUACGACGCAGAUUAUUCAGAGGAUUUAAUUUAACUAGACGAAUUGUUUUGUAAUGUUAUUAUUAAUUUUAGUAGUCAAAGUUGUUGAGUUCUGUUUCUUAUCAUUCAGUUUCAAUGAAUGCCAAUAACAUUUGUCCACACAUUGUCAUGAUUUAUUCGUGAAUACGUGUAUAAACUUAAAGGGAAGCUUGCGUUGACUUUUAAUUAAGUAUUUUGUUAAUCGUAUCGAGUGGUUUAUUGUUUUCGUAGGUUUUAAGUAAUUCCACUUGCAGUAGAGAUGCAAUAUUAGGUUAAGUUAGACACUAGGGAAGUUUGCUUCAUUGUAUCAAUUGCAUAAUAAUUAUAAAUACGAAAAAUAUUUUAAUGCUGAGUGAAUUAGGGGGAACGAUAGUUCAUAAUUGUAAGUACAUGUCGUGUAAAAUGAUAAUUUUGUUGUUAUUUGCUGGAUUAUGGUGAUUAAGGGGUAAUGGGGGUCCGUGAGUGGUUUCAGUUUUUGGGGAGUCCUUGGGUCUGUGGUUAUUCAUUUUUGGAGUAAAAAAAUUCAGGCACUGCACAGUGUAGCAGUGGAGUGUCGAAGUUUUUUGGUUUUCAAUUUUUAAUAAUUGUGGAUGUGAGGACGAUCCAGAAAUUAAACACUUGCAGGGGGUAUCGUUACCCCUUAAGGGGCCUUGGGAGAGAGAAAAAAAAACUUAAUUAAGGGGGGAAAAUUCUUUCAAAAAACAACUAGAAUUUCGCUGAACAAUUGCUGUUUUUCGAUUUUAUUUUUAAAGAAUUUUUUGAGAAUUCUAUUGAAGUUCUGUUGAAAAUGUAUUAGAAAAUUUAAUUGGUUUUUCGCACUAAUUCUAUUAGAAAGUAUGAAAUUUUCGUGUGAGUUUUUUAAUAGAUAUUUUUUCAUGGAAAAGAGUAUAUGGAUGUUGAGUUUUCGAUAUAACUAAUUUUAUUGGGAUUUUUCUGUAAGAAUUCUUGAACAAGAAUUCUCUAAGUAUUUUUUCUUGGGUUUUAUUACGAGAAAAUAAAAAUCUGUUGAUUUGAUGCUGUUAAUUUUUUUCUUAAAAUUUCUUUUAAAAAAU